ACCAGCGCGCUUUCUCGCUAGAUAUCCCUGCCAAUAUAACCGCCGUCAGCGUAGCACGCUGCUGUUAGUCGUGUGUGUGUUUUUCUUCCGAUUCGACACCCGUGUGCGUUCGCGCUUCCGGAUAGGUGUGCGUAAAACUCGGACGAGAAUCUGCCUGUCUCGACGCGCAUUUAUACCCCAUUGAUCGUCGCGUAUUCGUCGUGAUCGCAAGCAGCGCUGAUCGAAACGCUCGGCAAAAACGGAGAAAGGGGUAAUAGAGAACGAAAGGGAGGGAAAGAUAGAGUAAGAGAAAGAGAGAGAGAGAGAGAAAGAAAGAAUCAGCGGAGAACAGAGAAAGGACGACGCACCCACGUAUACGUGCACUGAGUUAAGGCCAGUGUCAUUUACGAAUAUACUAAAACGCAGUCGCACGGGGCCGGGUGUCGUGUCACUUCGUAUUCGGUAGAGUAAAACGGCGCAUCGGUACACCACCUUUGUAACACGACCGAUUGAUCCACGUGCGUUUUCGACGUAUAUGUACAUGUAUAUAAGUGUUACGUACAAAGAGAGGACCAACGUAAUUGCGAGAGGAGGACGUAUCUUUUUUUUUCUACCGGCGUUACUAACCCGUUGUGUCAUCGCGUAAAACGGUGUCCAUCAUUCUUCUUGUUCUUCUUCUUCUUCGAGAGAGCAGUAGCGGGAACCGGAUAACGCACAGUCCCGAGAUCGUACUGAUCAACCAAUCACGUACGAGCACUAGACUGUCUGUUCAGUUUAGUUGGUAAAAGUGCUCGCGCGUCUUCGAUACGUGGAGGGAUUUCUCCGUUAGUUAGAAAGAGAGAAGGAGAGGCGGCAGCGUGCGCAAGGAAGAAGGAGAAAGCGGUGGUAAGGGAAUCGAGGGGAAGGGGUACGGUAGUAGAAAGCCGCCGGAGCAAGGAGGCAAGGAGGAAAGUACGGAAACUACUCCACCCGCAAGAGUUUCUUUUCGGCAGUCGUUGAGAGAACAAGAGACGAACGACGAGACGCUAUCUUUCUAUCAUUUGGGAGGAAGUUACUGGGAACAGUGUGCCGCGUGGAUCGUCCUUAACUCGUUAUUUCGUUUUUUCUUUUUGUUUGCCACGCUGUCUCGCGAGGCCUUUAAUAAUCGCUACCGAUUACCGUGUGCCACGCGUGGUCGUCGUGUGUCAUCAUUGUGAAAAGGGUGAAGGAAGAAAGACCGAUAUCGUGUGUUCAACGAAAGAGACGAAGCGUGUGCCGGAGAAUCAGAAAAAAGAGGGAGAAGGAACACGCGUGGAGGAGUACGAAAUUAAGGAGGCGAGAGAGGACGCUACUGUACGGAGGAACCGAGAGAAAGAGUUUAUACGCGGUGUCUUGGUCGUGUAUACGUCGUCGUGCGUCCUAUUUUCAUCCUUUUUCUUGCUCUUCUCUCUUUCAUUCGUGCUCGUUCUGUCGCGCGAACGAGAAAUCAGCCAGUGUUUAGUGCCAGUGUUUGUCUACCUCAGUCGAUUAGCGGUAGCUAACGGCGAAAAGCUGCAUUAUAAAAGAUAUUUAGAAGAAAAGAUAAAUUUAUAUAUAUAUACAUAAUAUAUAAUAUAAUAUAAUAUAUAUUAUAUUGAACAGUGCUAAAUACAACUUCCGGUAUUGUUGUAAAUAAUUCGUCGGUUUUUGUGUGAAAUUGGCAACGAACAUUAACAACAACAAAAAAUCAUGUCCCUGGAUAAGUUUGCAGACGGUGGCGUGUUGCAGAAGGAAAUGGAGCGUUUAGAAAUGGAGGAGAAAAACGGCGAUGCCACGAGCGGUGCCGGAUCCAAGGUUAUCGUAAACAACUUGCCAGCUCAGAUCAGAAUAGAAGAUAUAGAGGCCCUGUUCUCGAACUGCGGUCAAGUGCAGUCUGUGGAGAAAUUGUCCUCGCGCGAUCCUAAUUUACAAACCGUCCUCAUCAGCUAUGAGACGCAAGAACAAGCACAGCAGGCUGUGAACCAGUUAAAUGGUCACGAGUACGAGGGUAGCCCGCUAAAAGUGGAAAUGUCUACGGUGGAGAACCGACGUAGAGGCCGCAGCCAGCGCAGCGGCGUAGCUUAUUCCGGGGUUUCGGGCUCCGGACGGCAGGCAGACUUCCCGCUCCGUAUUCUUGUACAAUCAGAGAUGGUGGGAGCCAUAAUCGGUCGCCAGGGCUCUACCAUACGUCAGAUCACUCAGAUGACGCGCGCGCGAGUCGAUGUUCACCGUAAGGACAGCCUCGGUGCUGCUGAAAAAGCUAUUACCAUCUACGGUAACCCAGAGAAUUGUACGAAUGCUUGCAAGAAAAUUAUGGAGGUGACGCAGCAAGAGGCUUACGGUUUGAGUAAAGGCGAGAUCUCAUUGAGGAUUCUUGCGCACAACAAUUUGAUUGGACGAAUUAUCGGAAAGGGUGGUACCACCAUUAAGAAAAUCAUGCAGGAUACAGAUACGAAGAUCACCGUAAGCAGUAUCAAUGACAUCAACAACUUCAAUCUCGAGCGCAUUAUCACGGUGAAAGGCAGCAUCGAUAACAUGAGCAAAGCUGAAUCUAUGAUUUCCAGCAAAUUACGCCAAAGCUACGAAAAUGACUUGCAAGCAAUGGCUCCUCAAAGCUUGAUGUUUCCUGGUUUACAUCCAAUGGCUAUGAUGUCCACUGCUGGUAUGGGAUACAGCUCACGUGGCCCGGGCUUGUAUGGCACCGGACCAGCCCCAUAUCCUUAUCAAACCAGUUUGCCUACGCAGCAAGGUAUUCCGAUAGGCGAUACGCAAGAAACUGCGUUCCUCUACAUUCCGAAUACGAGUGUAGGGGCAAUCAUAGGAAGCAAGGGUUCACACAUCAGAAACAUUAUCAGAUUCUCUGGCGCCAGUGUGAAAAUCGCGCCAAUCGAGCAGGACAAGCCUGUAGAACAACAAAAUGACAGAAAAGUAACUAUCGUCGGAUCACCAGAAUCACAGUGGAAAGCUCAAUACUUAAUUUUCGAGAAAAUGCGCGAGGAAGGAUUCGUGGGCGGAACCGAGGACGUCCGAUUGACAAUCGAGAUUCUCGUACCAAGUACUCAAGUUGGCCGAAUCAUUGGCAAAGGUGGACAAAACGUUAGAGAAUUGCAACGUGUAACCGGAAGUAUCAUAAAGUUAUCGGAACAACAAUCCACAUCUCCUUCUGCCGAUGAAGAAGCAACCGUCCAAAUAAUUGGCCCUUUCUUCUCUGUUCAGUCGGCACAGAGAAGAAUUCGCGCUAUGGUUCUACAGUCAUCUGGUGCACCUGGAGCAGGUGUCGCAGGCUCACGCGCUGGUCGUGGUAGCAGCCAAGAAGGUGGUUCUCGUACUCGAAGAGAUGGCAGUGCCACGUCCCAACAAGGUGGCACAGCGUCGCAGCACUCGGCUCAACAACAAUCUAGUACUUCGCCUUCUAAUCAACAGCAAUCACAAAAUCAGUAACGUCACUGAAACUUACAUGACGCCGACCAACGCCUCAGAAAAUCCGUUUGAAUCGCCGGGGUGGCCUUCGUCGCUUUGACAUUCUCUCGUAAAAGGCUACGUGCGACCUCCUUCUCGCGGGCUAUGUAUCCUUCGAUGUGCAUGAUACGAACGGUACUUCGCGAAAGCUAUCGGUUCAAAAUGUCACGUACAGUACCCGCGCGCGCGCGCACACACACACAUACACAUGCAAUAGGAUCGAAUAAUAUUUAAAAUCAUAAUAUAUAGGUUUGAUUCGGAACGGUAAGAUGUGACAUGAUCGAUGGCUGUUCUUGUCUUGUUUCCUCCCCCAGCUCCCUUUUAUACCGUAGUUCGUCUUGUACGCGAGUUCAUUUGUCGUAAGUACAUUUUGUCGCGCGUCACCGAGAACGCAAUAGAUAUAGAGCGUUUUAUUUUUUAGACAGAUUUUUGCAACAGAACGAAUGGUAAAUUACGUUAUUGUUGACCGAUUGCCAUCGAUCGUGACACUCGGCCUACGUCGUGUUCAACAACGAGCCUCGUGGCUCAGGAUACACAGCUCUGUGAAACGAAAGCGAUGCAGAGCACCGCGUUGAAUCAGACGGAAGUGUGCACGUUAGCCAACGAAUACGCAUCAUGCGAGACGAAGUGAGACGAAAAAUUUGCUUCCUGCCCAUUCGAAGCGGGGAUGAUAAGUUAUAAUCGAUUCGUCCGUCGAAGAGAUAUACAGAUUGUUCGCUCACUUCUUCUACGCGCGUUACAGCACGUUUCGUUGCGAGUUUGCUUAAUUCAGAAGUUGAAGCGACGAGUGGCACUCGAACGAAUCGAUUACGCAACGUUAACGAAACCACCUCGUCGAUGAAAUAGGAUACGAUGAUAAGAAAAAAAGCAUACACAACCUUAUUACCUCAUUCAUUACCGUUAAAGAUUUAAUAUGAUAAUGAAAAGUGAAACGAGAGAAAGGAUAAAAACCAACUAAUCUAAAAAAAGAAGUCUACAUAAUAUUAAAGUUAUAAUAAUAUACAGAGAAGUUAAGUAACGAUUACACAAUUACGUUAUACAUGUUACUACUACAACUACUAUUAUUACUAGUACUAUUACUACUGCUAUUAACUAUCUACUUACUUCUACUAAGUACACUAUACAGGAAAGCGGUUUUUUUUUUUUUUUUUUUUUUAAAGAAAAGAAAAGAACUACUCUAGGUACAGUUUUUUUUAUAUCACAACACAGAGAGACAUUAAUUAACGAGACUUAAUUAUCGAAGAAAAUGUGAACGAAACGUGACUCGUUCUACGGUUAGACGUAAGCCGGAAAGUUUUCAUGGCAGAUUCCCUCAUCCCCGCCCCUCUCGCGCCUGUAAUACCAAAGAAGCGAUUACGAGUUUUUGCGUAUUAGUGAAGUGAAAAUGCGUGACAUGCGUAUGGCGCGUUGAACGCUCUACUCGCCUCAAGUUCCUUGCAAGAGUCAAGAAGAGCAGCGGGAGGGGCGAAAGACACAACGUAGACGGGUCGCGUCUGCUGGGAAUCGACGAGUGGUUAUUGGCGUCGAAAACAGCAAAUGGAAGGAGAUACCGACGAGAACAACAUCCUUCGUCGUCGAGUCGCUUUUUUGCAAAAGUGAUCGGAAUGAAGAAACUGAGUCAACUACGAAGCAAAGACGCUUGCAAGAAAAGAGUAUAAACGAGAGGAUGAAUACCGAGGAAUUGUUCGACGUUGUACAUGGAACGGACGUUGUUUCGUGCUACGAGAAGGAUGUUCCGCAAAGAGAGAGGAAGGGAGAAUGAAAAAGCGACCGUUGGUACGCACGAGAAAGCGAGAAUCAAUCGCUUUCGAGGAGAGGACAAAUGUAAGAAGUUUCAGAGACCGAAAGAAGAGCAAAAUGAUAAGACGGUUGCUACUAACUAUGAAACCUUUUCAGGGAUUUUUACUUUAUAAAUGAAUGUAAUAAUGUGUGAGUGUGCGUGUGUUGAAUACUACUAUUAAUUGAUAAGUAAUUAAUUACUGGUUAGGCUUAUAUGGCAAAGAAAUACAAGGAAGAUAGAUUAGGAUAAUCGAGAGAAAAGAACCGCAGAAAGGGGAAAAGUGGGAAAAAAUGCUGGAGGUGGAAGAGUGAUAUUUGACGAGAAAAAGGCAUCGUGAUUAUGUAUUUGAUGUCGCUCUUCGCCUCGUGAUGCGAGCGUGGAUAUCGCCAGCGAGUCGUCGAAUAAACGAAGAUGGUACGUCUGCGAAUUUUUAGGAAAUUCCGGUCCUCAACGAUCUUUGUAAAUUCUGUAAUUAUUUCCUUUUUCUCUAUUUUUCUCUUGUUUUAAUUAUAUAUAUAUAUAUAUAUAUAUAGAUAUAUAUAUUAUAUAGUCGUAUCACUAUUAGGAUAGCAAAUACUAUUACGAAUACGUUAAAAAAUUUAAUAAAAGCGUUAGAAACUCGCAGCGAUAUCGCGUUUCCGGCACGGCGCGUACUAUCGAUCACGAUAAUUCUUACGAUUCUUUCUGCGGCAAUUGCUUGUAUAUCAUCAGCGAAAGGGAUAAUACAAAAUUCGAGAAGAGUUCAAAGAUCGAGUGUUUUUAACGUUGAAGAGACGAUAGGUGGACGCGAUGGAAAGAUAACGUUUUCCAUUAACGAAGAAUAUUCGUGACCGAUUGCGCGUAACUCCUAAAAGUCUUAAGUUUUGAUUUAUGAAAGCAGAAGCAAAAAAAAAAAGGCAUGAGUCUAACAAGUUGAAGGAUACGAUGGUUCGCACAUGCAUCGUACGGGCAGGAAACGUUUUCGCUCGAAACGGGAAGAUCGAUCGUGUAAGAGAUUUUAUGGGAAAAAACGGAGAGUGGAAGGGAGAGUGAAAGAGGUAGAUGAAAGAUGAAAAACACGGUGAAAAGAAAGCUAAACGUUUCAGGACUAUUUAAAACGGUGAAGUGAAUUUGCACUAAUUUAUCGAAAGAGACUCGAGGAACUGUUCGACGGGCUAGAUCCGUUUCAGUGAUUUAUAAACGACAGAGGAUAAAAAAAGAAAAAAAAAAAGAAAAAAGAAAAAAAAAGGAGAGAAGAUAAAUUAACGGACUGACAGACGCAUCAUCGCGUGCCACGAGAAGAGUAUUCGCAAGUUCGUUGAAUCUCUCCGCCAUCCAAGUUUCAUUUUGAUUCUAUUACAGGAACCCUGUCAUCGUUUCGUACGUUUUAAUUUCUCCUAUCGAUAACAGAAAGUUUCGCUACCGGCAGAGAUUGUAAAUCACCCAGCGUUAGCCAGAUUUCCUUGAAAUUUCGUGGCGCGUGAUCGAUGCUCAAUUAGUACGUUGAACCUGGUGGCCGGCAUUCGCGCAUAGCGACGAAGACGGUAAACCCUUCCGGUUCACGGAAUUGAUCGGAAGACAGGGUCGUCGACCGUCGGUUCACCUCAUGGCAUUUGGUAUGCGUUUAGUACAAAAAUACACGAGUUUAAGGUAGGUAGGAGGGAAUCCAAGUUUUACGAAAGAGAAAACGUGUACGUUGAAUGGAAGGGAAUUGUUAUAUCGCGUGUUAGGAUUUUUGUUUAUCGGGUGAGAAGGCAAACGGAUUACAGAGAAACGAACUUCUGUUGAGUGUGCGUAGCAAUACUACUACUAUCGGCGGAUAAUGGAAAAUUGAACGAUGGAGAGAAGGUAUGCAGAGGAAAAAAUAAAGAGACGAACGCGAGCGGUGGAAGCUCGGUGCGCCAAUGCUCUCCGCUCUCUUGGCUUUUUCUUUUUCGCUGCAUCUCGAAGAGGAGGAGGAGUAGUGCCGGAAGGAUUAGAAGCAUAAGGAAAGAAAAUGAGAAAGAAGACACGACGAUGCAGAGAGAUAGAUAGAGAGAGAGAGGGAGAGGGAGAGAGAGAGAGAGUAAAGGAGGGCGGUAUAACGAAAGAAGCGAACUCGAGCGAGGACAGAAGGAAAAGAGUCAACGACGCCGGAUUUGAGUGGAAAAGGAAAAAGAGACAAAGCGGAUAGAAAGGGAAGAACUACGUGAUGAGAGAAGCGAGAUAGCAACGUGAAAAAAAAGCGAAAUGAAUCUAAGAGUAAUAAGUUUAUUUUUGAUACCUUGUUGGGGAGAUCUAAGUGAAUCUUUCUUUUUCAAUUUUUUUGUUAGACGUUUUUAAUAACUUAAUGAAUUUUAACGAUAUUAAUAAAAAUAAAAAAGCGAAGUGCGACGAAGAAAGUCUGAAAUGUUUUUUAAAUAGAGUUAUAAGGAGAUUAUAAGGUGGAAGGUGGUGUAGAAGAAGCGAAGCGGAGUGUUUUUCGUAAAAGAAUAUGUAACUUAAAGAUUUAAAAGAAAGAAAGAAAAAAAAAAGAAGAAGAAGAAGAAAGAGAGAUGGGCGUAAAAGAGAUGGAAGAGAUAAGAUAAAGCAAGGUUUAAAAGGGCACGGCGCGCAGCUUUUUGCGCUGUGCGCGUCUGUAGCUCAUCAGGGGAGGGGGGGAUAAAGGAAACUUUAGUCGGGUAAAUUGUAUAAUAUAUUUAAUAUAUUUGGAGAGAACGGCGGCGCAAGGUCCGCUCGGCGAGCGAACGUCGUUUCAACGGCGAGCGACAAAGGCGAUCGGGCUCGCAGUUUUAUGUGACGCGAUUUUCGUCGUUGUCGCUUCCUGGAAAUGCUUCCUCGCCCGCAGGCCUUCGCUUCCGUACUUAUUUAUGAAACGUAAAUAUUUAAAGAGACGAGAGUGAUUAACGUUUUGUAAAGUAAGAAUAAAAGAGGAUUAAAACGAAGAAGAAUUUAAAAAAAGAAGAAAAAAAAGAAUAGAAAGAACGGAAAGAAAAACGAGGAAAGUGCCAAGAGACUAAAAUGAAUAUGCACACAGCAGUAAGAGAAUAACGGAACAGACAUCGUUUUAUAGAAUAACCACGAAACCAUAGAACGAUAAACGAUAAACGUAAAUCCGCCAGAUAAAAAUCCAUAGAACAAAGGGAAGAUGCAACACGCGACAAAACGAAGAUACGCAACGGUUUCGUAAUCAUCGGCAACAACGUCAAAUUAAACGGAAAGAUUCGCUUUACCGACCAAAAAAAAAUCAUUUACGCCAAUUCGAAAUCACUUGACACUCCUUUUUCCUGAAACGACGAUACACAUCGAGGGAACACGUUCGGAAUUCAUUGAUUUUUUCGGCCAAAACAACGAAUCCAAAUUUUUCACGUAUUUUUCCACGGUCGAUCGCACGCGAAAAGCGUGCCAGAAAAGAAAACGACAGAAACGCAAAAUGUAUAGAGAAGCACGACGCUAGUAAGAGUUACUAUCGCUCUUUUCACAGAAUUUCGUUGUUGCGCGGCGCGAGAGAAGACACUUGGCGGCAACAACGAAAUCCAUCGCCCCUACCCCUUUUCGGAAUAUCUCUUUGUAAAAAAAAAUAAAAAAAAAAAAUAAAAAAAAGUAAAAAAAAAAGAAAGAGAAAAAGUACGAAUACAAAAAAAAGAAAAAAAAAAGAACAGAAGAGAACAAGAACGAAAGUUCGUGAUCCGCACAAUCUGCCCCGCACGUGAAUUUUUACACCUUUAACUCGUUCAUCGAUCUUUGAUUCAUUUUUUCGUUGCGCUAAUUUUCGAAAAACGAAAUUUCCACGACAAGACGAAGGAAGAAAGCUACCGUAACGACAAGAAAAACGAGAAACUUGAGGAUUCAGUAGCGUAGAAAGUGAAAAAGACGACAUUGUUUAACUUCGUUGCUCGUCCACAGUACUUGCACUCUGUUUCGACGAUGAAAAAAGAAACGACAAGUAACGAGAAUUCGAGAGAAUUUAUGGUAAUAUACCGCGCGAACACGAUAAAUGCAAAAAUCAUAUACACGCAACAACUUGAUGAAACAUUGAAAAGGAGAAAGCACACCACAACAAGCAUCGCGAUAACACGGAGAUGAAAGUUAAUUUUCCGGACGAUUCCUCAGCAUAGCACUUCUCAAACGCCACGUAGGAAGAGAAAGGAAAGGGAUAGAGAGAUUUGGAGAGAACGUGUCAAAAGCCCGUUCGCACGCUCGGGAGAAUGUACAAAUCAAAGUAACAAAACUUAAACACAAAAAAAAAGAGAAAAAAUGGAAAAAAAAUGAAUAUGAAGAUUGAAUAGAAAUUAUUAAUAUAAAUAGUAAUAACUUAAAGAAAAGAGAAAAGAUUUUUAACGUUAUAAAUUAUUACGCGCGUGAAUUAAGAGGCGAGAAGUAAAUUAAUCUACUAUUGGUUAAGAAUACCAAGAAAACGAAUGUACAAAAUCGAAUUAUCGGUAAAUUUAAAUGUUAGUAUUCUAGAAUAUUUUACCGUGAGAAAUCGCACUUAUCGAUUUAGAAUUGGGGAAAUAUAAAGUAAGCUCGACGCUUAAGUUAAGAUUUUCCAUAUAUCCAGCGAGACAAGUUUAAGAUACAACACCAGGAACGGAAAAGUAUAAACAAAUAAAAGAUCGUAUAAUGCAUCAGCUAACAAAGUAACUUUGUCGACGAAGAAAACGAGAACAAUUCCUUCAAUCGAAGCGUGAAACGUGCGUAACUUCAACUAUCGUAUGCGAGCCUCGACGAAACGAAGAUAAGAAGCAGGAAAUAUAAAAAAAAAAAAAACGAGAAAAUGAAAAAAAAAGAUACGGGAAAGAGGAAGAAGAAGAAGAAACAGAAGAAAGGGAGAAAGAUUCUUUCUUUUUUGUACGAACGUCCAAUGUCGUCGUCGACCUAUCACCGACGACUCUUCUUAAGCUUUAUCAAAUUUUUAUCACUUUCUUCGUAUAGACUAUUUGUACGACGGAACAACGGUCAUUUUGUGUAGUUUUUUAUCGAACAUUUUUUGAAGAAAAAGAAAAAAAGAAGAAAAACAGAAAAGUGCUCCUCCACGAGGAAGAAACUGCGCACGCUGGUGCAGUCGUAGAAAGCACGCCCACGCAUAAUAACAUACAGUAGCAGACGAAAUACACGAGAUGAAAAUUCGCAUGAGAAAACCGGCACGACGAUGGACAAACGCUUACCGUCGCGGUAUUAGAAAGAAAGUGGACAGCGAAACAAAAAGAGAAAUCCAGAAGCAGCGCGCAGAAGAGGCGAAGGACGCGUCUAACGCGUAACAGCUACGCGAUUCGCGAGCAAACUUUCGAUGAAACGGCAGAAGAUACAAAAAAAAAAA